GAGAUUCACUGUUGUUUUUUUUGUCGCGAAUCAGUGACGUAGAAGCAAAUAUUCAGCAUGGAAACUCGCGAUGUUAAAAGAUUUCACACGCAAAAUAAAGUAGUUGAGGUAAAAGGAAAAAGUAAUGUAGAUGAAUUUUGUCAUUUUGAAGAAGAAAAAACUGAAGAUAUUGAAACUUGCUAUCAGUAUAAUUUGUGUGAUGAAGAAUUUAAGUCAGAAUCUGAUUUAGAAAAACACUGUGAAGUACAUGUUAAAAAAGAGAAAACUGAUGAUGUAGAUGAAUAUUGUCAUGUUAAAGAUGAGAAAACUGAUGACAUAGAUGGAUAUUGUCAUGUUAAAGGUGAGAAAACUGAUGAUGUAGCUGAAUAUUCUCAUGUUAAAGGUGAGAAAACUGAUGACAUAGCUGGAUAUUCUCAUGUUAAAAGUGAGAAAACUGAUGAUAUAGCUGGAUAUUGUCAUGUUAAAGGUGAGAAAACUGAUGACAUAGCUGGAUAUUCUCAUGUUAAAGGUGAGAAAACUGAUGAUAUAGCUGGAUAUUGUCAUGUUAAAGGUGAGAAAACUUAUGAUGUUGAUGGAUAUUCUCAUGUUAAAGGUGAGAAAACUGAUGAUGUUGGUGGAUAUUCUCAUGUUAAAGAAGAGAACACUAAAGAUAUUGAAACAGUUCAUGAGUGUAAUUUAUGUGAUGAGAAAUUUAAAUCUGACAUUGAUUUAGAGAAACAUUGUGAAGUACAUCAUAAAUUAGAGUUCAGUUCUUGUGACAGUAGUGAGUUGAAAGCAUGUAAGGAUGUUUGUAGUAAAUCAGUCAUCCCAAAUUGUAUUCGACAGAGACACACAGAGAAUUGUACUGGAGCAAAACUAUAUAAAUGUGAUGUUUGUGAUAAAUCAUUUUCUAGACGUGCAGUUCAACAGCGUCACACAAGAAAACAUACGGGUGAAAACCCUUAUAAAUGUGAUGUUUGUAGUAAAUCAUUCACUGAAAAUGGUAAUCUACAGUCACACAUUAGAAGCCAUUCUGGUGGAAAACCUUAUAAAUGUAAUGUUUGUAGUAAAUCAUUCACUGAAAAUGGUAAUCUACAGUCACACAUUAGAAGCCAUACUGGUGGAAAACCUUAUAAAUGUGAUGUUUGUAGUAAAUACUUCUCACGAACUGGUGGCCUACAGAGAAUUCAUACUGAAGAAAAACUCUUUGCAUGUGAUUUUUGUAGUAAAUCAUUCACUGAAAGUGAUACUUUACAAAGGCACACUAAAACUCAUUCUGGAAAAAAAUCCUAUCAAUGUGAUGUUUGUGGUAAAUUAUUCACUGAACGUGGUUAUCUACAGAAGCACACAAAAACUCAUAGUGGCGAAAAACUUUAUCAAUGUGAUGUUUGUAGUAAAUCAUUUUCUUAUAGUAAUCGUCUACAGGAACACAUGAGAAUUCAUACAGGUGAAAAACCUUAUAAGUGUGAUGUUUGUAGUAAAUCAUUUACUAAAAGAGAUACUCUACAGACUCACCUGAGAAUUCAUACAGGUGAAAAACCUUAUAAGUGUGAUGUUUGUUGUAAAUCAUACCGACAUAUAGGUGGUCUGCGGCAACACACAAAAACUCACACAGGUGAGAAGCCUUAUAAAUGUAAUGUUUGUCGUAAAUCAUUCUCGGAGAAAGGUAAUUUACAGCGACAUAUCCGAAUUCACACUGGUGAAAAGCCAUAUAAAUGCGAUGGUUGUAGUACAUCAUUUUCCGACAGCAGUGCUCUCCAGAAACACAGGGGGAUUCAUACUGGUGGAAAACUUUAUCAUUCACAAAGAGUGGAAGCGUACACAAGCACAUAAAAUUCAUACUUAAUAAAAACCAUAUAAUUGUGAUGUUUGUAAUAAAUCAAUUGCCCAUGUAGUAGUAAUGUACAGAAACACGUAAGGACUUAUACUGAAGUGAAAUUGAAGAGGUUGGACAGGUGUUUCAACUCUUUGUCAGGUACACAUACAGGUGGAGUAUCGAAACUACACCUCUGACAGACCAUGUAAUCUAAGCAUUCUCCUGUCUUGGGAUAGGGGCUAUACUAUAUACCGGAAAACACCGAAAAACAACCGGAAAACACCAUGUUAUACUGAAUACCGGAAAACACCGGAAAAACACUAAAUACCGGAAAACACACUAAAUACCGGGAAACACCCUAAAUAGCUAACCCAGAGCCUGGUCCUCUGGAAAACACCGGAAGAACCUAACCCUAACCCACCACUGAUCUUCUUAAACCUAACCCUCACCCGCGCCAGGCUGAUGUAAACCUGGUUCAAGAUAUUUCCCUUAUAGAGAUAAUCAAAUCACGUCUGUAUAUAUAAUUUUGUUCUUUACAAAUUCUAUUACUCUUAUUAUUUCAUAAUGUAUGCCUUAUAUUUUUAUAUUAUAAUAUUUGUUAGCCUAUGAUGCAUGUUCUUCUUGAUAUUAUAUUAUCUUUUAUGUUAUAUGUGCCAUUUAAAUAGUCUCCUAAAGCAAUGUAUAUAAAUAUUAACAACUUUAGUAAAAGUCCAUCGACUAGAAUUGCAUCAUAAAAUUUAAACUCAGCAGUUUCUAUAUUUAUGUCCAUACUUAAUAUUUCCUCGCCUUAACUGAUUCUCCCAAGUAGACUGGCCUAUUUGUUCCAUCAAUAGCUAAAAAAAACCGCUUAAUUCCCUAUUUAAAUCAUUAAUUUCCAUUAUUCAAAAUCCUUUCACUGUAAUCACUCCACUGAUCGACCAAUCACCAAUGCAAACACGGCAGAAAUUUAAAAUUAAAACAUCCAUUAUCUUUUGAUCAAAUCCAAUCAAAACAAUGAGCUACCAUACUGAAUACUCAUCUUAAUCUGUUCAAUUUACUCAUCACUUCAAUUAAAGCCGCUACUUAAUCACCCGCUCAAUAACUCACAAACAUAUCACUCAUGUGUUUAAUUAGAAUCAGGGCUUGCCCAUAUUAAUUUUGAUUGGCUUAUCUCUUUUUGAUGGGUACAAAUAGGCCAGAAAGUUUCAAUUAAGUUAGACUAUCAUCGCUUGAUAAA